GGACCACUACUAUAAACAUACCGACAGUCCCAGCGAGACAGCACCACGUCCUUCUUACACAACUUUCUCCAACUAUUCUCUCUCGUUUUCACUUUUUUUUUCUUGAGCUACUUAAAAAAAAAACACACACAAAGAAGAAAACUUUGCUUUGAAGCAACUCCAGGACUUUGUCUUUGUCUCUGCGACUUUUUUUUCCAUGUUGCUCUAAAGUUUGCUAUGAUAAGAGACCAUCGAGAUUUUUAUUGUAUUUUAUUUUUUGCUGCCCAACCAGGAUUGUAAAGUUGCUUCAAUGACUGAAAUGAGGAUUAUGCAUUUGCUGUGAGCUUCAUCGGCGUCGAGCACAGAAGAAAAGAGGAGUUUCUUCAGCUGGGAGCAGAAGUCGGCAUGUAGCGCAGGAUCAGGGCAGCCCUUCCUCCUCGUCGUCGUCCUCCUCUCCCUCCUCUCUGGACACCUUUGGGAAUGGGCCAGCGCCUUGCCAGGGUGCAUCUCUCCACCCGGCGGUGUGGCUGGCGUCGUGUGAGAGUGAGGAGGGCAGCAGCCAGGUCGUAGAGCCGGCCCACCCCUCGCUCUCUCUCCAGCUCCCCAGUGACGUUUGACCUUUUGACUAGGCCGUGACCCCGCCUCGACCCUCGCCGCCGGCCCGCCAUGCCCUUCCGGCUGAAGCUGCGGCGCACGCGGCGCUACAACGUCCUGAGCAAGAACUACUUUGUGACGCGCAUCCGCCUGCUGGACAACAAUGCGAUCGAAUGCACCCUGUCGGUGGAGAGCACGGGGCAGGAGUGUCUGGAGGCGGUGGCCCAGAGGCUGGAGCUACGAGAGACCCACUACUUUGGGCUGUGGUUCCAGGGGAAGACCCAGGCUCCGGCCCAGCGCUGGGUGGAACUCGAGAAACCCCUCAAGAAGCAGCUGGACAAGUUUGGCAACGAGCCGCUGCUCUUCUUUGGAGUCAUGUUCUACGUCCCCAGCGUUUCCCGGCUGGAGCAGGAAGCCACCAGGUACCAGUACUACCUGCAGGUGAAGAAGGAGGUGUUGGAUGGACGUCUACACUGCGCUGUGGAGCAGGGGAUCAGACUAGCUGGCCUAGCAGUACAAGCCGACUUUGGAGACUUCACUCAGUUCCGCUCUCAGGACUUCCUCAGGGAGUACGUUCUCUUCCCAGUGAACUGGCCGAAUGUAGAUGAGGUGCUGGAAGAUUGGACCCAGAAGGUCGCUGAGGAGCACAAGAGUCACUGUCGAAUGCAGACGGCUGAAGCAGAGCUGCUUUACAUCAAGGAGGUAGAAAAACUGGACGGCUUUGGCCAGGAGAGCUUUGCUGCUAAGGACAACUACACCAACGAUGUCUUCCUCGGCGUGUCGUUCAUCGGAGUGUUUGUCAAACACAGAAACGGCCGAACCAUCAUGUUGCACAAGUGGAAGGACAUCGGCACCAUCGCACACAACAAGGCAGCCAUCACAGUGGAGAUAACGAACCGAGACGACACCAUCAUUUUUCACAUGGAGGAUAUGGAAAUGGCCAAGUACAUUUCUCGUCUUUUCACGGCCAGACACAAAUUCUACAAACAGAACAAGAUCUGUGCAGAGCCGACUCACUCCCCAGCACCGAUCAGGAGGAGACCCACCUGGACCCACCGCCUCUCUCUGCCGCGGCCCCAGUCCUGUAACUUCCAGUCGGUGCAUUCCCAGUAUGGAGAACAUUAUCAGGACACACAAAGCUCUCAAGACAGCAUCUUCCAUGACGACCCUUACUACAAGUCAGAGACCAGUCUGGUGGACCUUACCUUCCGAAACGGUACCGUGCCCAAUGGCAGCAUGUACAGCAGCCCCAGCCUGAGCUCCCUCAACCGCUCCCAGACUUUCGUCCCGCCUUCGCCCAUGUCCUCCAACCUCAGCAUCCCCGGCAGCGAGCUCAUGCGCCCCGACUACAUCCCCAGCCACCGCCACAGCGCCAUCAUCGCUCCAUCCUACCGGCCCACGCCCGAGUACGAUGCCGUCAUGCGGCAGAAGCGGCGCAUGCUUCCCGCUCACCACGACCUCCACAGCCAAUCGCUGCGCAGCCUGAACAUCAGCAACGCCUGUGCUUACCGCCAGCCUGAGGCUCUGGUGUACAGCCAGCCGGAGAUGAGGGAGAGGGGCCCUUAUCAUAACCUGGGCCCCAGUCCUGGACCGUACGCACCACAGAUCAGCUACAGUAAGCCGGUGUCCCACGGCCCCCAUCAGGGAGGACCAGCCAGCAGCCAGGGCCCCUGUCAUUCCCCCUGUGUCAAUGGAGGUCCAGGCGGCGGUGGAGGUGUAGGAAGCUCCAUCUCUCAUACCGUCAGCACGCCUGAGCUGGCGAAUACCAAACAGCAGGGGACCAACAUGGGAAGCUACGCUGCUACGGCUAACAUGCUGAGGAACCACAUGUCGCGUCCUCCUCCUCCUUACCCCUCCAGCUCCUUCCGCCCAGCCACCAGCACACCGGACCUGGCCAGCCACCGCCACCGCUGCAUCGGGGGCAGCAGUCCGGAGCUGGUUACCCGCAUGGUGCAGCUGUCGGUCAAGACGUUCCAGCCGGACAGCUCGGCCGUGGUGCACCAGUCGCUGCAGGAGGUUAGCGAGCCUUUAACUGCAGCCGCUAAGCACCGCUCCACCCUGGGCAAGAGGCACAGCAUGGAGGUGAUCAGCAGCAUGCGAGGAGGAGGAGGGAUGGAGGGCCUGGUGAUGAAGGGCAUGAAUGCUCCUCUUCAUCGGAGGAACACUCUCAGAGAACAUGUGAUGCCCUCUCAGCCUCAGUCCAUCCCUCAGCCCCAGCCACAGACCCCUCAGUCGCAACCUCAGCCUCCACCCCAACCUCCACCUCAGCAGCCGAAGGAGCUGCCCAUGCAGAUACCCGCCCAGAAUACGCCCGAGGCUUCUGUUGUGGCGCCUGCACCCGUGGCCUACCAGCAUCAAAAGACUCUUUCCAACGCUACCAUGCUCAUACACAGCAGUGAGAGUGAAGAGGAGGAGGAGGAAGAGGAGAGGCCUGAGCUGGAUGUUCAGAUCCCGGGCCUCAACGAGGACAUUAGCAUCAGCGCUCAGCUCCAGGCCGCUCUGGCCAAACUGCCCAACAAACCCCCUCCAGAGUACCCCGGACCUCCCCGGCAACCUGGCAACGCUCAAAUCCGCACCCACGCCCACAAUCACAACCACACUCACCACCACAACCACAACCAAGCACCGCAGAGCAACCAGGGACCAGCGGACCCAAACCAAACCCACGGCUGCACCCUGAAAGCUGGACAGAAUCAGGGUGCUGGCGGGCCUGGAGCUGGUGGGGGUGGUGGUGGUGGUGCAGGUGGUGGUGGAACGCUGACCAGAGGGGAUCAGAGCGGGGUGAACGGAGGAGUUUUAGGUCCUUCCAUUUCAGAACCGGACCUGACCAGUGUGAAGGAGAGGGUGAGGAAGGAGCCGGUCAAAGAGAGGCCAGUGUCGGAGAUGUUCUCCUUAGAGGACAGCAUCGUGGAGAGGGAGUUCGCUCAAAGGACGCUGGAGAGGCAGAAGAUGUCCGUGGACUCCAUGAAGAGGCCGCUGAUGAUGGCCGCCCUCAACGGCCUCUACGUGGCCCGGAUGCCGGUUCCCGAGAGUCCGGCGGAGGACGGCGCCAAGGCAGCUACAGACGAAAGGUGUAAGACCUUGGAGUUGAAGCUAGAAGAAGAGCGGGUCUUCACCGAGUAUGAACAGGUGCCCAAGAAGAGGAGCGACUGCGUCAUCACCACGGCGACUCUGCCCGAAAACGCAGAAAGAAACCGUUUCCGUGACGUCGUUCCUUACGAAGAGAAUCGGGUGGAGCUGGUACCCAACAAGGAGAACAACACGGGCUACAUCAAUGCCUCGCAUAUCAAGGUCAUGAUCAGAGGGGAGGAGUGGCACUACAUUGCCACCCAGGGUCCGCUGGCCAACACCUGUGCCGACUUCUGGCAGAUGGUCUGGGAGCAGGGGGUCAACGUCAUCGCCAUGGUUACUGCCGAGGAGGAGGGCGGCAGGUCCAAGAGUCACCGCUACUGGCCCAAGCUGGGCUCCAAACACAACUCGGCCACUCACGGCAAGUUCAAGGUGACCACAAAGUUCCGCACCGACUCCGGCUGCUACGCCACCACGGGGUUGAAAGUCAAACACCUGCUGUCGGGCCAGGAGAGGACGGUCUGGCACCUGCAGUACACCGACUGGCCUGAGCAGGGCUGUCCUGAAUAUGUUCUGGGAUUUCUCUCCUACCUAGAGGAGAUCCAGUCUGUGAGGAGACACACUAACUCGAUGCUGGACACCUCAAAGAGCCUCAAUCCUCCUGUCGUGGUCCACUGUAGCGCUGGAGUGGGUCGCACCGGAGUGGUCAUCCUCACCGAGCUCAUGAUCAGCUGCCUGGAGCACAAUGAGCCGGUGGAGGUUCCCACCAUGCUCUCAGAGCUCAGGCAGCAGAGGAUGCUGAUGGUUCAGACCAUCUCCCAGUACAAGUUUGUCUACCAGGUCCUCAUCCAGUUCCUCAAGAACUCUCGCCUCAUCUGAGCCCAGAGACCUUUAAUUUGACCUCAUGACGGCCCCAGAUGAUGACAACGGUACUUUAAAAUGAGCAGGACUGUUCUAGAAGACGGUAAACUGGUGGUGGAGGGAGGCAGAGAGAAGCUGAUGUAAAUUCAAACAAGCUCACCUGAAGGGAGGAAAGGAUUAGGCCUGUAUAGACACCAACAACCAUUUCUCCCGAUCGGUGUAUUCAGAUUUUGUUAAUCUUCUUUGUGUGGAACAAGCAUCUUCUCCACACAGAUCAGGUGAGUCAGCAGCUCGUCUUACCUGCAGGUGUCAAUGUGUUUAUGUUUAUUUAGAAUUCUUCAGAAAUAUCCUGAGAAAUCCAGUCUUGGUUUUGACAGAGAGAGAUUGCCUGCCUGCUACAUUUCUCUUUUUCUAUUCAGCCAUCAUUAGAAAUGGCAUUAUGCUGCGUGAACAGUAGGUGGCAGCAGUAUUAUUACUAUACUCCAUACUCUGAAAGAGUUUGCCAAACAAAAGUAUUCCUUCAAUCACUGUUCUAAAAUGUUCCUUUAUUUUUAACAGAAUACUGAUUAAUACAGCGAGUAUUUACUUCAGCAUUGUAACAAGUGUUUUUAUUUAUUUCUAUACAGACUGUGGUCACCUUUGCCAUCGGCUUUAGAUUUUUUUUUAUUGGGUUUUCCUUCUGAAGAUGCCUCGUUGUAGAUAUUUCUACUGUGUCCUCUUUCCCACUCAAACACAGAAAGUACAUUUCAACUAGUUUUCUCAGAUCACGGCUCCAUGUGAUCACAUGUGUCGUCUCUUACUAGGGGGAGGCUAUAAACACCUGGUAAAGAGUUUAAAUCAAUCUUUUUUGGUGAACAAGAAGAUAUCCCAGCUUUAUUUUUCUGUGUGAUUUUGCUUCUUGUGGCUACUGGCAUUUUAUAAAAUACCACAAUUAUUCUCAAAAUCCUUAUUUUUCCAGAGAACGUUCAAUAUGGAUCCUUGUGUGCUCAUUCAGCUAAGACCUAAUGUAAGGGGAGUUUCUCUAUGGCCAAACAAAAGACUCUAACCCUAGACCUGUCCUUGGUCCUGUCUAAUAGAACCUUAAGGUUGUCACCAAACUGUUCAGGAGGAAGCAUCUUCCAUUUUUGUCCACUAAUAGAUGCAAAACAACCACAAAUGGACACAAAACCACAAAAGACCCCAAAUUAUCAUAAAUAGGCACAAAACGAUCACCAAAAGACAGAAAACUAUCACAGAUUUGCAAAAACAAUUACAAAGAGUCACAAAACUACUACAAAAAGACAUGGAUAGCACACGAAAAGCUGCUUUCAUUCAGCCAAGACCUAAUGUAAGGGGAGAUCUUGCUGGCGUUUAUUCCAGUCUACACUGAUAUUGCCCAUGAUCUUGACCACUGGACCCAUUUUAUGGAAAUCACUUGAGGCAUCUUUCUUAGGCCAGUCUUUGUUCAGCUUCAGUAUAUUGCCACAAGAGACAGUGUCCAAACUGGGAUUCUUCUUCUGCCUCUGAUCAGUGUUUUCCUUAAAAUCUUACAGACAUUCACCAGUCAAAUGAGUGAUUGAUUGCCGGUUUGCCACAAAAUACAUGAUUUUGCUGAUAAACUCCCAGUGUGUUAUUUAGGUUUUCACUAACAUGCCAGUAACCAGGAGAAGCCGACUCUAAACACAAACUAAAGGGGAAAAAUUGAGUUUUUAUGGAUAUGUGGUUGGUUUGAACUCAUUACCGGCAUUUUCUAGCGUUAUAGCCCUCCCCUACUCUUACCCCAAAGCAUUUCAAAAACUUUGCAAGUGUUUGUCCAAAUUGGAGAUAAUUUAUAAAGAUAAUUUCACUGUUUAUAUAUAUGUAGCCAAAAGAAAACCACGUACAGUAGAAGCUGUAUAUAACUUAUCAUUGUGCCUUAUUGAAAUAUGUAACCAUAAGAAGCUGCCUGUUUGUACUCUGGAAAGGUGAAUUUGAUGACUAUUUUUUUGUACCUCCAAAGAUUAAAUCCUCAAAUCAGUAUUUAAUAAGUUGUUUCUUGUUAUAAGAAAGAAGAACUUUAACCCUCGUGUUGUCUUCAGGUCAAAAAUGACCCGACCACUAUGUUUAAUAGCAUAGAAAACCCCCUAAAUUACCUUUUUUCAACUUGAAAUUCGAUGACUUUUCCUAAAGUGAAAUUCUUUUGUAGGUUAUGCAAUGAUUCAAAAGAUGUGAAAAGAUGAGUAUUUUGUUGUUGAGUUUUUUAGUUUUCCAUUCCAUCGUACAGUAUACAGCUCACUGUUGUUUCCCUUCAAAAAUGCUUUUCAAGUGUACCCCUUUUUGACCAGAAAGAACCCAGUGCUAGUUCGGUGCUGGUGCUUAGUUGGUUCAAAUCUCGUGCCUCCUAAGAACUGGUUAGCUUUUCCAUUGGCAAGGAGUCAAGUUGGAGCCACGUCAUUGCAUCACCGUAAAACGUCAGUACGUCACUGCAUGUGUAGCCGUUCAACAACGUUCGCGUAUCGUAACCGUGCAAGUGCCAUUCCUGACUUUGUGAAGCCUGCAUUGCGAUCCAGAAACAAAUAAUCAAACUCUUAGUAGCUACCUGUCUUCAUCGUAGUAACAGGCAACGGCGACUACGUUUUAGAAGACAGGUAAUCGUCAGGGAAGAGAUGUUUUGAUUCUUAAUGGUGGUGUGUUAGCCUUAGCUUGAAUUUGGUGUCCAUAUUUACCGUUUUUUAAGACACUUAGACUAAACACUACUACUACUACUAUUGCUACUACUACUGACUUGGCUGUCUAAAAAUGGCGGGUCUGUGUUUUCACCGUUGAUCAUUGGUCACCAUAAUGCCGCCCCGAACCCAUGACGUACUCAGUUCUUAGCUCUGGCCCAGCAAAGACUUGGUGCCUGAAAAGCACCAGUUUUUGGAGCCCGGAGUUGGUGAUUAGUUGAUGGAAACACCAAGAACUGGUGCUAAGUCAGGCUCUGGAACCAGCUUGGUGGAAAAGGGGCCAAUUCUGAACAUUUCCGUUACUUUCUUAGGAUAUAGAAGUACUAUCUCUCGCUAAACAAAUAAAGUUUACACCUAUGAAGUACCUUUAGCAGCAAUAAUAGUGAUAAUUAACCUCUACUUUAGUAAAGAAAACAUUCAUAAUGUGUUAAAUCCAGUCUUUCUGCCUUCUGAAGAGCAUAAAAUCCAGAUGUUCACAAAGUGUGUGAUGUAGGACACUUUGGUUCUUCAUGUAAAAUAGAUCUUGGGUUGAGAAUUCAGUGAAGCUGCUCUAUUUUUGAGGCUUAGUGGAGGACCUUUAGGACAAGAGGAGUGUGUGGGAUGUUAAGACAACAUGAGGGUUAAGGUUGCAGAUCUUCUACCUGCUUCUCAGGCAGGGAUCUGAGCUCACCAGAUGCUGAUGUAUUGGUUGAUUUUUGAAGGAUAAAAGUGGCCCAACAGACUUGGCCAAAAAAAAAAAGAAUAAAGAAUUAAUAAUCUAACCCAAUAUUCCUGCGUUGCCAUAUUCAUAAAUCCUGUUUAUAAUUUUACAACUUUCUGCAGAUUUUCUUUUUACAUAUUGCAUCAAAUAUCUGAAUUGUAACUCUGUACAUACAUAACGGGCGUGUGAGAAAAAGAUUUCUACAAGUGUUUUAUGUAAUUUCCUCUUCUCGACUUGGUACCCUUAAAAUACCGCGACAUAAUAAACUAUGCAUGCGUUUUUAUAUUCAGUGUAUAUAUUCUCAGAUAAGCUUCUCUUCAUAUAUAAGUGUUUUGUUGCACUUCUGUUCUCUUUGAAAGUGUUUUUCUCACACGGCAUUCCACUGUUUGUUGAUAUUUAAAUUUUUUUCCCUUUUCUUUUUUUUGGCCAAACUCCCAAAUACGUUUCAAAAAUAUGUGUACAUAUGUUUUGUAUAUGCAUUUUCAGUGCAUCAAGACUUUUGUUUCCUCUCCCCAGACAUGUAUGAAGCUGUUGUACUUGCUUAUUAUGCAAUAAAGCCUUAUUUUCUUUAA